AUGAAUUCUCGUCCGCGCCGCUCGGCGGCCACCAGGGCGAAUGAGGUUAUUUCCGUUCACGCCAGGAUGGCUGACUCCCCCGAAAGAAACGAGCGAAGCGAACGAAGCAUGUCGUCGAGACGGUCUGGUCGCGCCUCAGGCGUAUCUGUCUCCCGAGAUGCCCCCUCCUCGCCAGGCGGUGACCCGCAUCUCAGCUUGACUGUCAAGAUGCCAUCCAACAAGCUACGACAGGCGACACGUGGCGGGCGUGGCUUUGAGGGUGGUGAAAUUGUUUCAGGCAAGCGAAACCGGGGCGCAAAGAAGAGCUACGUAGUCGACUCCAGCCCCGAUGAAGAUGAGGAGGAGGAGGAAGAGGCAGAGAUUGAGGUAGAGGAGGAGGAUGACGACGAAAUGGAGGAGGAUGCUGAAGGCGAGGAUGAUAUGGACGUCGACGCCGAGGGAGAGGAUGCCGAAGGCGACAUCGACAUGGACCUCGCCCCUCCUCCUCCCACCAUUACCGUUUCCAAGCCAUCUAGAUCCAAGCCGGCGCCUAGAGCAUCGGCUUCUAAGGUGGUGCCAGAUGACGACGAUGACGAUGAUGAUCUCAGUGACCCAGCCGAUAGCGAUGCUGGCGACGAGACUAUGGGCUUCGGAGAUGAAACCAUGGCCGAUGAGGACGCUGAGGGAGAGGAGAUAGAAGUCGCUGGCCAAGAAGGCGACGAGGAAGAAGAGGAAGAAGAGGAGGCAGACAGCGACGACGAGGGCAGCCAAGACGAGUCUCCCGACCUCACCAAGAUGACCAAGCGUCAGCGAGCCCGCUUCGAGGAUGAGCCGCAACAGUACAUGAAACUCUCCGAUGAGGUCCAAGCCAAGAAAGUGUUUACGGCAGAAGAGCUGUCUAUGCGACGCCAAGAAAUGGCCCGACGACGCCGCAACCUCAGCGAGAAACGAAACGAGGAAGUCAAGAUGGAAACCAUCAACAAGCUACUCAAGAAGCAGGCGCCCAAGAUCAACCGCAAGGCAGCCGGGAACGGAGACGCGGGCGAUGACAGCCAGAAGCCCAACCCAGCCUUUAUCCGAUGGGUCAGCAACAAGAGUGGCGUGCGGGUUGCGGUGACAGAGGAGAUGCUCGAGAGCCCGGCCGGGACAAUCUUUGGGCCAGCUUCGAAGCCAGUAUCUAGAAAGCUGGUGGAAGAGGUUUGA